AUGACCAAUGCGUUGUCUAAAUCAGGCGGCGCACAAGGUGAUUCUAACUCAGCCGUCACAAAUAACGAAAAUGAAGAUUCCGCCACGGAAACUACACCAUCAAAGACUAUCUCAAAGUCGAAAAGUUUCAUAAGCAGAAAGUUUUCCUCCAAUUCACUUUUCGCUCAACAGACGCCACUGAAUUCACUGCCUCCCCCACCUCCGCCAACGAAGCCUGCCGCUGUAACAAUGCAGCUGCCCUCAAAAUUACUAAGGUCGUCUCCUGUACCUUCACAGAGGAACAUUCUUGCAUCAUCAUCAUCGUCAUCGUCAUUAAACACAUCAACUUCAACGCUACAGGCGUCUCCGGUAACAAAGGCAUCGCCGAAAGUUCCUGCAUUACAACCACCUCCUCCUUUAACUCCACCAUCUGCUAGUUAUCGACUUCCUAGAUCGGGAUCUUCACAUGCUUCACUAUCAUCUUAUUCUUCGAUACCAAGUGCAAGCUCGAUAUCGACAAAUGCAUCAAUUAAUAGCGGUAACAGCAAUAACAACAAUAAUAACAACAACAAUGACAAACUUAUACAAACCCUACUAAAGCGAUACAAGAAGUUGGAACUAGCAUUGAACAAGUUUAAUUCGAAAAAGUAUAAUCACAACUCCAAUAGCAGCAAAACCGUGAAUGGAGCUAUAAUGAAGGGAAACUUACUUCGAACAUCGUUAAUUCCAUUUUUGAGAAGUGCAAAUCAGUUGGACCAGUUUUUCGCCAAAGACUCCAAGGUUUAUAAAAGUUUGUCUUGUGUUGUAUUGGCUAUAUUGAUUAAAUGGUGGAAUUCAUUGAUUGGAAAUUUGAGAUUUACUGCCAAUUUAUCGGCAGCUUCCACAGGGGCUGCAAAAUCGUCAUCAUCCACUUCAGGCUCGUUUUCCCACUCUUUGAUAUCCAGUGCUGAGCCUAUUCAUUUCACUAGCAUACCUGCUUCUGAUCGUAAUGCUUAUUUGGAGUGUGUUUCGCGGAUUAUUUCACGAGACGAUUGGGUCUACUACGAUGAAUUCAAUGAUUACCAAGUCUUACUCACUACAACAUUGGACUUCUGUAUUGAUAAAUUGACUACAUUGAAAACGAUAUCAGGUCCAAUGGCAGCAUUUAUUGGAAAAGUUUUUGCCUUUAGUUUUUUCAAGAUUCCCAACGUUUCAAAUGCAUUGUUGUUUUUACUUAAUGUGAAGCAAAUUACUCUAGAAUCUUGUGUCAAGACUUUGCCAAGUCCCAGCACUCAUGAUUAUCGAGAGUUGUACAGUAUUUUUCCUAAGCACUUGCAUCACUUGAUUGAUUUCCAAGGUUUAACAAAUUUGUCAGACAAGGGACAAAAAUGUUUUAUGAAUUGCACACCACCACCCAAACAUCCUGUUGAUGGAAUCAAGAACCCCAAUGGUGAUUGGGUUAGACGCUGGUGUGGAUCUGACUCUAAUGUUUUCAACUCAUUUUUGCGUCAUUAUAUUGAAAUUGUUCAAAAGAGUUUGCUACCGGUCAUUGAUGAUGAUGUGAUGGUUUUGUUAAAAUGUCCUGGAUUUAGUGUCAUCUUGAGUCAUAUUUAUCAGAUUUUUCAUAUUGCCAUUACUCGAAUCACUAGUUCUGCUAAGCCAAGCUUUACAAACAUCACCAAGAAUGCUCCACUUCCACCAGUACCUACCAUGGCAAAUCGUAAACGGGAUGAGAAUUCAGAAGGUGCACCUGCACCGCCUCCGUCUCCUCCACCGCCACAUAAUACCUUCAACUCCAAUGGCCAACGAUUCAAAUCACCUGUACCGCCACCACCUCCACAAUUCAACAUAAAUAUCAAGCAAAGUGACAUGUACUAUAAUUCAAUAAUCAAGAUAUUCAAGACUGUGCGUGAUGUGAUUUACUGUGCUACACUUGAGAAUAAAUCCAUUGACUGUAUAAGUGCCAGUGUGGUCAAGAUUAUAGACUUGUGCUUGAUCUCAAUAGCAAAAGAGGUGACCAUCUAUGAUUUUAACAAGAAUGGAUUGAUUCUAGGUAUUGUUCUUGAAUUUGUCAACCAUAUUGAAAACAAUAUAUCCAACGAGGUGAAAUAUCUCAUCAGUUGGGAGUUUUGGUUAAGUUGUAAUUACAUGAUGAUUAGUCACUCGGAUCACGUACAAAGUUUGUUGAAGAACUUUGCAUUUCUUUUCAAUAUAUGGGAUAUGAUUCCCGAUGCAUUGUGCUCAUUUGUUAAACCGCAACGCCUGGAGUUUGGGCUCAUUGGUAGUAUUGAUGACGAGAAUUAUAAAUGGAUAACAAAUACGGAAGAUUCAUUCAAGUUGAAUUUCAUAAACUAUAUCAUCAGCGAUGAUAUGUUCCGCACCUUGUUUGUCCAUUGGAACCCACUAGUAAGAUCAUACUAUAUCAAGUUUUUGGUUUGGAGAAUUAUUGGCGUUAAUAACUAUCAGUCAUCAGCAACAAUACAAGUGACGAGAAAUUUGCAAUACAAAUUGGAUCAAUCUCUUGAGGCAUUGCAGACGUAUACGAUGAAGAUGUGUAAUGAACACAAUCGAAAAGAAUGUGGUGGUGACACCAGCUGGAGUCAAAAGUUUACGUUAAAUUUUAAACCUGAUAAACCCUUGGUUAAUCGAAAAUUUGGUAUUUUACCUGUUAGUGCUCGCGAUGAUUACUUGUCCAUUGGUAACAAUAGCAGCUACGAUGAUCAACCACAAGAUAUGUUUAUGGCUUCAGCCGCUGCCACUUCAUUAUCGAAAUCAUCAGAAUUGAGAAAGACACAUGCAUUUGAAAUUUUCGAUGAAGCCAUUUACACCUGUGCUACGGUGCCACCUGUUUUGAGCGAUUCAACUAACAAUGAAGCUGAUGGGUCAAGAAGGGGCUCCUCUUCGUCGUCAAAUUCGGUGGCAGGCUCAAUAGGAUCAAAGGGAACGUCAUUGGUUAGUUCUAUUGGGAGAUUGUUACGUAUUGUUUCUGACGAUAAUGAUGAUGAGGAUGAUAAGAUGGUUGAUCCGAAGGAAGUUUUGGCAAAUCGGCCUGACAAUAAUGGUCAAACUGGUGGAAACGACAUUACUCGCAACUCAGAAUCAUCUACUUCAUUAUCAACGACAAAUUCAUUCAAGUCACGCUCAUCGUCGCCCAGUAUUAUGUCAUUCAGGUCGACUCCUACAUCGGUCACUGAGUCCUCAUCUACAAGGUCCGAUAAUGAGUCAGUUUACUCUCUUGAUACGAUCAAGUUGAACAAUUCAUUACAAGAUGCAAGUUUUGGCGCCCAACAAAGAAUGCAGCAAUCGGGUCAAGGCAAGUCCCCUUUGACAAAGAAGAAGCUGUCUCAGUUGCAACAAUCAUAUAAUAUACAACCGCCUGAAUUGGCUCGAUUACCGCCAGAGAUUGUUCGUCCAAUUUUCAAGUUUGAUAUUAUUGUAUGUCAUGAAUCGGUUAAUGAGAAAUUUCAAAUUAUCAAUCAUAAAAAUUCAUUGGUUCGUCAACAAAUGUUUUAUAAUUCGGAUGGUCAUUUGCCAUCAAUGUCAUCGAGAACUACAGCUACAAGCUCGUCUUCGUCUGGAUCGGGUUCAAGUUCGAGAUCCAACAAUAACAACACCAACAACAACAACAACAACAGCAACAACUUGUCCAAAUCCACCGUGUUGUAUUUUCCUCAUCAUCCACAACUUCCAUACAUUUCAUUAUUCAUCAAUACUGAUUUAUACAAUAACAAGAUGGUUUAUAUAAAUGAAGAAGAAGAUGGAAUAUUUCUUGAAGAGUAUUACACUCAAGAUGUGUCAAAUUCAAACAUAUCUUCAUCGAGUUUAGAUCCUGUUUCUGGAACUAGAUCCUAUCAUCCAGCCAGGAAGAUAAAGUCUUCCGUGUUUUCAAAUACCUCAUCAUCGUCAAUGACCACCAUGAUUAAUUUAGGUAAAUCAAUUAAUGAGUUGAAUUUGACCAUUGAUGAAUUUAGAAAGUACUUGAAUAACCGGAUUGAUGCUGAUGCAUUGUAUCUGAGUGCUGGGUAUAGUGACACUGAUUCAAGCGCCGUUGAAGGUGUGGAGUUUCCUGUAUUUAGUGGAAUUGAUGACAGUGAAGAGAAUGUGGGUGGCGAUACUAGCGGUUGUGGUAGUGCCAAUCUGAGUGGAGUCAAAUCAUUUACUGUUCGAGGUAAGGAUUUCAAUGAAUUUAUUUAUUUCAAACGAAUUAUUCCGUUUUUAAGUGUUGAUUCAAGUAAUGAAAUGAAGUUGUUGAAUGCAAAUUAA